AUGGUGAACGUGAAAGAGGUUGAGUUCAAAUCUUUUGGCGACCAGAAGCCUGGCACGUCGGGACUUCGCAAGAAGGUCACCGUCUUCCAGCAACCCCACUACAGCGAGUCCUUCAUCACUUCCAUCCUCCUCUCGAUCCCUGAAGGCGCAGAGGGAGCUUUCCUUGUCAUUGGUGGUGACGGCAGAUACUGGAAUCCCGAAGUGGUCCAGCUCAUUGCAAAGAUCGGUGCUGCAUACGGCGUCAAGAAGCUCCUGGUCGGUCAGAAUGGCAUCCUCAGUACCCCUGCAGCCAGCCAUGUCAUUCGGAUCCGCAACGCCACCGGUGGUAUUCUUCUUACUGCCAGCCACAACCCGGGUGGUCCCAACGCCGAUUUCGGCAUGAAAUACAACCUCUCCAACGGCGCCCCUGCGCCAGAGUCUGUGACAAACAAAAUCUUUGAGAAGUCCAAGACCCUUUUCUCCUAUAAGAUCGCAGACAUCCCCGAUGUGAACCUGCAAAAGAUUGGCACUCAGAAAUAUGGGGAUCUGGAAGUCGAGGUGGUCGAUUCGGUCGCAGAUUAUCUGAACAUGCUGAAAGAUAUUUUCGACUUCGACCUCAUCCGGUCGUUCUUCAAAUCGCAGCCCGACUUCAAAGUUCUCUUCGAUGGUCUGUCUGGUGUCACUGGUCCCUAUGGUGUGGCUAUCUUCCAAGGAGAGCUCGGCCUGGGACCGGAAAGCACGCAGAAUUGCGAGCCAAGCCCUGAUUUCAACGGCGGACAUCCGGAUCCUAACCUUACCUAUGCUCACUCCCUGGUGGAACGAGUUGACAAGGAAGGUAUUCACUUCGGUGCCGCUUCCGAUGGUGAUGGCGACAGAAACAUGAUUUACGGCAAGAAUGCUUUUGUUUCACCCGGCGACUCCUUGGCCAUCAUUGCUCACUAUGCCAAGAAGUACAUCCCUUAUUUCCAGAAGCAGGGUGUCUAUGGGCUGGCAAGAUCUUUCCCCACGUCGGCAGCACUUGAUCUAGUGGCCAAGAAGCAAAAUCUAAACAUCUAUGUUGUGCCCACUGGAUGGAAAUUCUUCUGUUCCCUCUUCGACACCAACAAGAUGUCGAUUUGCGGCGAGGAAUCCUUUGGCACGGGAUCGAACCAUAUUCGAGAGAAAGAUGGUCUGUGGGCCAUUACUGCUUGGCUCAACAUCAUUGCUGGUGUGGGCAAAGAGACCGGCAAGUUCCCGUCCAUUGCUGAAAUCCAGAAACAGUUCUGGGACGAAUAUGGCCGUGUCUACUUCACUCGCUACGACUACGAGAACGUCAGCGGUGAUGGUGCCAAUGAUAUGGUCAAGUAUCUGAAAGAGAAGAUCUCGAAGUCCGACACUGUUGGCUCAGCCAUCCAAGGCCACAAGAUUGUGGAGGCCGACGAUUUCUCAUACACUGAUCUGGACGGCUCGGUAUCGAAGAACCAGGGCAUCUACUUCAUAUUUGACGAUGGGACGAGAAUUGUCGUUCGACUGUCGGGUACAGGCAGCAGUGGUGCAACCAUCCGACUGUACGUUGAGAAGCUCGAGGAGGACAAGAGCAAGCUCGGCGAGGAUACGCAGGCAUAUCUCAAAGAGCCCGUCGGCCUUGCCAUCGAACUGCUGCAGCUUCAGAAAUUCAUUGGCAGGACGGAUCCCGAUGUCAAGACCUAA